CGCUGCAGUCUUGAGUCCCCUCUGAAGUUGUGCGCAGAUCGCUCCGCUUUGGGAACUAACCAUCGACUUUUUACGCGCAGGUUUUUCUGGGUGACUUUUUCCAGUGGACGAUUUUCCAGCUGGUACUAUAUUCCGAACAAACACCCCCCCUCCUCCUCCCCUCCCAUCAGGACCUGUGGAGACUGCAGCUGCGGGAGUGGUCUGGAAACUUUUUUUUUUUUUUUUUUUUGCCAUCAUGAGCAGGGAAACGGUCAACCUUGACACCUACAGCCUGUCGCUGCUCACGGCUAAAGAGGACAUCCUCAACCCUCGAUCCUCCACGAACUGGGCAUUAUUUGCAUAUGAUGGGGUUACCAACAAGCUCAAACUGGCUGACUCAGGAGCAGGCGACGUGACAGAGCUGGCAGAGAAGUUUAACAUCACCAAGCCUCAAUAUGGACUGUUUAAAGUGGGCAGUUUAGAUGGAGGAGCACCUCAGAUUGCAUUGAUAAGCUGGAUUGGCCAAAACGUGGAUGACUUCCGGAGACAAGAAUGUGCCAGCCACAUUCCAGCCAUCAAAAACUUUUUUAAGGAAGCACAUGCUUUCAUUAGUGCAGAAAAGCUGGAGGAUGUGACAGAGGAGAAGAUAAGAGCUGAACUCAGCAAGGCCCAAACCAAUGCUCCUUCACAGUGGGUGAGGAGGAGCUCUCGGUCUGCAGACAAGGAGGGAAUCGUGGGAACAAACUACAGAAAAACGAAUGCUGCGAUGGAAAUGAGGCUUAUCAAUAGAGACUCAUUCUGGGCACGUGCAGAGCGUGAAGAGGAAGAGAGGAAGGAAGAGGAGCGAAGGAGAGCCAUAGAGGAGCGGCGUCGCCUCGAAAGGGAACGGGUUCUGAAGGAGCGAAGAGACGAGGAGGAGAGAGACAGAAAAAUGAACGAGAAACUACAGAUGAUUGAGGAGCAGAGAAGAAAACAGAGCGAACAAGAAGAAGAGCUGCGCAAGAAGGAGAAGUUCAGAUGGGAGCAGCAGCAAAGGGAGCAUGAAGAUGAAAUGAGGGCUCGUCUUCGAAGAAGUGAGUCUAUAGAGAAAGCAGCGGAGGCAGCGGCGUUAGUGUCCCAACGCUCCAUGAACCCGAGGGAGUUCUUCAGGCAGCUGUCAUCUUCAUCGUCACUAAGUCCCACCAGUCCUGGAUCAUCUUCCUGCACUGGUAAACCGUUCAGACGAUACCAGCGCAGCCUGACAGACACAGCCUUCAUCUUCUCUAAAGCAGAGGAAAGCUCAGCAUCCUCUCCACAAAGUUCUCCCCUGGUGUCGCCCUUCUCGAGGGCUCCCACCUCCCCCCUUUUCCGGGCCACGUCCCCCCCUGAGAGCCCCGGUGGUAACCCUCUUAGCUUGCCGCCAGGACCUCGAGCCCCCGCGUCACCAACCGUGUCACCCAUCCGCCCCGCUCCUCCAGAUUCAGCCCUGCCCAGCACACCUCAGAGUAAAAACCGAGCUCAGGCUGCGUCACCCACAGAACCCUCAGCACCACCGGCCUCGCCCAGCCUUUUGGAUUCUUUCACCCCCAGCUUAAUAAAUGACAACCCCUCUCAGUUGCAUUUGGAGGCUGGUCCAACCUCAGUCCCAAAUAUCCCUGCCCAGACGGAGGACUUAAUGUUGACCUUUGAGCCUGGUCCACCUUCACCAGUUCUGACAGAUCCUACGUGUCCAGAGCUGAAAGCAGAUCUCUGCACAGCAAGUCAAGUGCACAUGACGCAGAUGUCGGACAGUGGUUUUAAAGUUCAAGCUGUUCUGGUGGAGGCAGACGAGGAAGAGGAUGUAGAGGAAUGUGAUGAAGAUAAACCUGAAACCCAACUGGAGCUGUUUGGUGUUACCACAGAAACAACAGAGACUGAGACACAGGAAGAAGAAGAAGAAAAAGAAGAGGAAGAAGAAGAAGAAAAAGAAGAAGGAGAAGAAGAAGAAGAGGAAUGUGAGAAGGUCAAAGAAGGGGAAGAACAGGAGGAGGAUCAAGAUAGGGAGAAUGAGGAGAAUAAGGAAGAAGAAGAGGUGAUGGGAUCAGAAGAGGUGAUGGGAUCAGAAGAGGUGAUGGGAUCAGAAGAGGAAACUGAACCCGUGUUAGUAAAGGAUCUAGCAGAGAUUCCGCUGGAUGAAGAGGAGGAGUCAGAGGAAGAUGCAGAGGAGAUUAAACAUUCAGGAAACAUCCAGCCCCAUGUUGAACCUGCUGAGGUUUCAGAGGAAGAGGAGGAACCAAGCUUCACAGACAAUGAACCGAUUUGUCAAGUGAUCAAGCACGAGACUGUAAUCUUGACAGCCAAUGGGAUCACAAAUGGUGCAGGGACAGAGGAACAGAACGGCACAGUGAGAUCUUUGAGUCCUUCUGACACAGAGGGCAGUACAUCCGAGGUGACCAUUUGCUACAGCCACCGCACCACUGCUGAAGACAAUGACAUCAUCGAAGACGAGAUGCAGGAGAUCUCAGAAAAUGGACAAGAGGAUUUAGCUGAGCAGCACAUGUGCGUCCGAGCUCUGUAUGACUACCAGGCAGAGGACGAAACGGAGAUCUCCUUUGAACCAGGUGACAUCAUCCGGGACGUGGAGACAGUGGACAAAGCCUGGUGGAGGGGGUGGAGCAAAGAUGGUCGACAAGGCUUGUUCCCCGCCAAUUAUGUGGAGACCAUAUAGGCAGACGGAGACGCAUUGUGCAAACACACACACACAUACACACACAUGCUCAGGGACACUUUCUCGCCUCUUGUUUCAGCAUGUUUUUACCUUAAUCCUCCCACUGAAACUUUAUACUUUCUCUUUAGUUAGAAGAAUAAAAGACACAUGUAACUCCUUGUUUUGAAGAAAGCAAAAAGAAAAGUGUGACUCUCCAUUUUGAUGUUGACUUUUUAUUUUAUUUUUUAUUUUUUGAGAAAACACAGGCAUGCAGAUUUUACCUAGCCUCAUUUUCAUGGAAACAAUCGCAAAGCUUCUUUUUUUUCUUCCC